AUGUCCACUGAACUAGUCAAUGAAAUUUCUAAUUCGGGUGACCUUCAAAAUGUCGACCAAACUAUAAGUGACAAUCAGGAGCUGCAUAGUAUGGUAAUGGAAGAUGUAAAAGAAUCACACAUUGAACCAGAUGUUCAGAAGCUAGAUACACAAGACGAAAAAGAAGAGUUACCAAACGAGACCCCAUUUACACAAACAAAUGACGGUGAAGACGUUAAUAAUGCGGUACCACUGCCUGCUGAAAGUAUAGGUCCUGAGAAUAAUGAUGAUUUUUUAGAUACCAUAUUGAAAGAAGCUGAAAAAAAGGAACCUGAGCAUUCUACAGAAGGCAGCUCAUCAGAUUCAUCACAGGACUCUAGCUCUGAAGAAGAUAACUCUGAUAGCUCUUCAGAAGGUGAAAAUGUGGAAUUGGACGCUGGUGUUGCCGGUGAAAGUGAUGGUGAAGACGAUAAUUCAGGAAAGCCAAUUACCUCAAAGAACGAAAUUUUAGAUGAGCCUGCUCCUGCAUUCCCAGAGGACUUUAAAAUAAAUGAAUCAGAUCCCAUCGAAGAAAUAGGUACGAUUACGAGUAUUGUUGAGAAAAGUAUCAUAAUAAAGGGCCAUAUAUCGGGUGAGUUUAGAUUCUUAAAAGAAGAAUCGGUGUUAUGUUUAGAGGAUAAAGUCCCGUUAGGGUAUUUAUUUGAAAUAUUUGGGCCACUUGCUCAUCCACUUUAUCGAAUCAAAUUCAACUCAGAUGCUGCUUUGAAAAAAUUUGAGGGUCUUGAGGGUAGAAAAGUGUUUUAUGUUGUUCCAAAAUCAAAUUUUAUUUACACGGAUUCUAUAAAGGCUUUGAAAGGUAGUGAUGCCAGUAAUUGGAAUGAUGAAGAAAUAGCUGAAGAUGAACAAGAAUUUUCUGAUGAUGAGAAAGAGAUGGAAUCCAAAAAGAGCAAGAACAAGAAAAAAAGAAAUAGAAAAUCUAAGGAAGAAAGUCAGAAGGAUGAACAAACACAUAGUCUUCCAAAUAAAGUUCCAAAUCGCCAGAGGCAAGAACGGAACAAUCAGAAAAGAUUUCAACAUCAAGUUAACUACCCAAGGGUUCCACAACAAGAAACUAACUUGUCUUUUGGUUACCAAUCGAGAUCACAACGUGAGCAGCAACCAACACAAAGCUAUGCCCAAACACCUGCUUAUUACCAGGUUCCACCAACAAUGUUCCAGCCACCUCCUCAAAUGGCUUCACCAUUUCCUUUUCCACCACAAGUACCAGUUCCAGCGUUUCCGCCUAAUAUGAAUCCACAACAAUGGCAGCAAUUUUAUCAAAUGCAACAAAUGAUGAUGCAACAAAUGUAUGCUGCUCAACAAUCUAACCAGUUCCCGCCUCAAGGUCCUCCAGAUUCGAGUGGUCCUAGCACACAAUGA